UGGAAAACGGAAACCUUUUUAACGUAUUUUUCUGUGACCGGUCUGGAGGUGCACGUUUUCUUUGUAAAUUCAUUACAUAAAUUUUUGAAAAGUGCAUCCAAGAUGUACGCCUUGCUCCGACGCUUCGCGGGAGUCUCCACCAGCAGCGGUGCACUAAGAUGCUACGCCUCCUUCACACCUAGGGAUGUGUUGCGGCAGAGCUCCGAUGAGACCGGCACCCUGCUCACCCGCUUUGCCAAACACAUCGCGCUGGAACGGUACAGGGAUCGGGAGCAUGUGCUGCCGAAGACGACGGUCCGGUAUGCCGACUACUUUCCAAUCACGGACGACCAUUACUUCCAGCGAUCUGUUCGGAAGACAGACGCUGCGCAGCUACCCGCCCUGAUCAUCCAGGCCUCCAGUUACCGCUCCAAUGCCGCCGUGCCCAUGUAUGCGGCUGCUCUGAACGCGUUGGACAACCAUGCAGCCGAUCAGCUGGAGAAGAUGGAUACCAGCACAGUGCUGGAGACGCUGUACUCGUUUCUCUUUCUCAUUCCCGGCUGGAUGAAGCGGACGGACUUCUUUCAGGCAGCCGUGCAGCGAUUGGCCAAGGAGGAUUUCCGCGACAACAAGGAGCGAUUUGUUCAGGUGUGCUUCUACCUGGGAUUGCAGAAAAAGCAAGCCCAGGCGUCCAACGACUUCCAACAGCUGCUGGAGGAGCAACUGGCGGGACAUUUGCCUGCGUUGAGUGACCUGGAUUUGGCCAUGAUUAGCAAUGCUGCCUACAAGACCUCCACUUUGGUUACGGGCGAGGCGCGAUCUCUGUAUGAGUCCGCCCUCGUUAAAGCCACUUUGGAUUUGGAACUGGAUGCGGAGAGCAGUGCUCUGCUGGUCUCCUUUGUAAAGGCCUUGCGCCUCCAACGAGUGAAGAACGUGAGAGUCUGUCAGCAUCUGCAGGACAUCUGCAUGGAUCCUGGCCAGAUUGCUCUCAUCGAUCCCCGCGGCUUGGCACAUAUUUUUGCUUUCUUUGCCGAGCAGCUGUGGGACGAGAAGCACUGCUUGGCCAUCGUAGUGGAGCGUCUGAUGAACUUGCUCAAGCCAGGAGAUCUACGAGCCAAGGACCUUGCCACCUUCCUGUGGGCCAGCGCCCAACUGGAUUUCGAGUUAUCCGAACCGCAAAUUCGACAGCUCGAGCUGGCUGCUCUUCGAAAGCUAGACCAUGGCGAGUACGAUUAUUACCCUGACAAUUUGGUGGACACCUGCCUCUCGCUGUGUACAUUGGGCUACUACUCAAAGGAUCUGAUCAACGCAGCCGAGGAACUGAAGGCCGCACAACGAAGACAGCGGGUGCAGCCCAAGGUGGACAGCCGUUUGAUCGUCCUGCGAUCAGCUAUUGCCAUCGAGCAGCCAGCGCUGGGGAAGCUGAAGGCGGAACAGGCAUUCAAAGAGUUCGACCGUGCACCGGGCUAUCUGCUUAAGGAGCGCAAAGACUUGACCAAGUACGCCCAGGAGCUGAGCGAGGAUGCCGAUGUGGAGGGCGUGGAUUUGGUGUGUCCCAUCAGUGGCGUAAAUCUGCCAAGCCUUCGAGUGCAGACCAUGGGCGAGCAGCCGAGUGUGUACUUUGUGGAAUUGCUCACUGCCGAUCAGACCUUGAAGUUUAGCAAGAAAUCCACUUCCCUGCUGCGCCUGAAGAAGCGGCUAUUGGAGUCAUUGGGCCAAAAGGUGGUCGUGCUUCGCACGGCAGAUAUGGCCACCAGUGCCAAGGAACUGCAACAGCUGGUAAGCCCAGCUACAGCGGUAGAGGCCAGCGAAGAACCCGAGGCCGCACAAGGCCUCAGAAGUUGAAUCUUGU